GCUCUGUUUCCCCCGCCAGAACCCAGAACCACUAGGAAAUACCGUCCCUCACUAGAACAGGACAAGGACUCCAGAAACAAAAAACAGCGAGAUUGCUUGCAMGGCAUCCGUUGAUUGAUUCGACGCUAUGAGUGACAACAAUACGGACGUACUCGAGCCCCGGGCYGUGACCCGGGAUCUKUUCUCCGCCGCCAUCGGCAGCGUUGCCUGCUGCUACGUUGGCCAGCCCUUCGAUACCGUCAAGGUUCGGAUGCAGACAAGUCCCGAUCAGUUUUCGAGCGUAGCUGGAUCGACCAGCCAGAUUUUACGAAACGAAGGAAUCACGGCCUUCUGGAAGGGUGCCCUUCCCACGUCGGGCGGAAUGAUAAUGGAGAAUUGCAUGGCCUUUGGCGUCAACGAGGCACUGAAACGCGCGUUUCCGGACAAAAACGAUGGUGCCAUCCAGGAAGGACCGCCGAGUCUCUGGAAACCAUUUGCAAUGGGUGCCAUCACCGGUUGCUGCUCCGCAACGGUUCUUCUGCCCAGCGAGAUUGUCAAGGCCAAGACGCAGAUUUCGACGGAACGAAACAUCACGUCCCAACAAAUUGUUCGACAAAUGAUCAAGAAGCAGGGCCUGAGAUCGUUCUUUGUAGGAUUUGACGCCCAGCUCUGUCGAGAUUCAUCGUUCUAUGCUCUUUUUUUCGGAGGCUACGAAUUAUCGUGUUAUUUCUUUCGCACUUUUGUUCCCAGCAUGCCAGAUGAAUUGAACUACUUUCUUAGCGGUGGCAUUGCGGGAAUGGGCGGUUGGCUCUUUGCCAUGCCCUUUGACGUACCAAAAACAAAUGUGAGUUCCUGUAUUUUUCUUUGGACAAGAUWUUGUGCCCACAGCUAUGGUGACGCUGAUGUUUUCAAAAAUACRCRGAGUGUCUCACAUGUCUUUCGUUAUGAUACAUAAAGGUACAAUCCCGAUACGACACAAAGGUGUUUGGCAGCUACUUUCCCGAAUUAAUCAAAAUUGCAAAA